AUGAACCAUCCUAUUUGCUUAUGGUUGUUUCCUUUGUUGAUCUUGGAAUUUGGAGACACUGCUUUCUUUCAUGGGUGCCUUUGUUCUUUGUUGUCUAUUAAGAAGCAUGAUGAAAAACAAGAUGAGAAUGCUAAAGAUGAAGUUAAACAAAAUAUUCCUUCUCCUUCAGUAGUUAAAUCCCCCGCUGAAGGUACUCACUCAGAGCCAGUUACCCCAGUGAUGGGUAGACAAGCUGGAUUGUAUUCUCCAAGUACUGAAGGUGGGCAUGCUGAAACUGAGAGUCCAACACUUUAUGCUCGUUUACCUAUUGACCAGGACAGCAGUAGCCUUGUUGUUGAUUAUACAAAGAUAAAUUGUUAG